GUCCGACUUUGGAUUCUAUGUCCAAGAACAUAUUCUUUUUCUGCCGUUCUGCCACUUGAGUACAGCUGGAUCUGUCCUCUUUUCCAAUCUAUGCCCUCUCUAAUCACCGUUUGUUCUUCGUGUUAAGCUGCUCAUUACAGCUGCAUUGCCUUUUUGCUCUUCGCUCUUUGCAUCUGAUAUCCAGACAUAAUGUACAUCUCUCCCGGCGCUAUUCUUUUGGGGCUUUUUGCUCUCUCCUCGGCUGGUCCCGUCGUGAGGAGCAAGAGAGCGGGCGUCCUCACCGCGCAGUCCUAUAGCGAGUUUCAGAUCUCGGACGGAGUGGCUGGAAAUGCGUUGGCCGAAGUCAACGCGAAUUUUCCGAUUGAUACUUCCGACCUUGCUGGUGUAGCCGCAUCCGACCUUCAAAUCAUCCAAGACGCUCGUGUCACAGCUGAGGACGCCGAGACUGGCACGGGAGGCUUCGACGAUGAGCUAGCGGCCACUGCGAGUGGGACGGACACGACGACCCUCCAGAAUGGAAAAAUCAAAAACAAGGUGUUGAAGUUGCAACUCGAGGUGCUGGGCCUUCAGAUCCAGGCCGCACAAGGUGACUCGGACGCGACCCAAGAUAAGAUCGACGAGGAGACGACCAAGCUCAACACCAACAUCGCUCUGGACAAAGCCGCCGCAGGUCAGGACAGCGUUGGGGUGACGGCAACGUUUAGUGGAGAGUAAACGCUUAGAUUAAGACGGGGUUGGGACGAUAUCAUACCCCCAGAUAUCUCCCGCGAGUGUAUCCCCGCCCAGAAGAGAUCCACAGCAAUAGUCGCGAAAAGGAUUACCUCAAGAGAGGAUUUCGAUAUAUUUGCAAACCAGCAAAGCGUCCGGAACGUUGACCGCCGACUUCGACCAGAUGGGGCUCAUUUUCCAUAGUGUGACGUCU